AUGGCGACCACAGCGGGUUUCGAACAGACAAAGGAAGAAGUUAAUCACGACGAAGUGUGCGAACCAUGUUUGCCAAUAGAUCUCUCUGAAGAACCAGUACAACAUACCCCGGCAUCCAAUUGUGUGGAUCAUUGCGACGUGACCCCUUUACAGCAGAUGCCAGAGACAUAUUCCUCCGAUUCUCUUACCAAUGAUGAAACAAUCCAGGGAUUGAAAAAAAGAGUGGAGGAGCUAGAAGAGCUUUUACAAGAAUCAUACCGUACCAUCGAGACUCUCAAUCAUCUACUCUAUCCCGAUCACAGCAUUGAUGGCAAUUUGAUCGAGGAAUUUCCAGUGUCUGGAAGCGAUGAACUUUAUUCGGAAACCCAAGCGCAAGACCAGUUCUCCUCACCAACGCUAGUAAAUUUUACUUCUCAUCUACACGGGUCGAACUACUCUACUGGGAAGAGUCCAGGUCCUGUCGAUCAAAUGGCUGAAGAAUACGAAGACCGACACCACGAGGACGAGUUUUCGACCCAGCAACGAACAUGUGACUCGCCCUUACCUGAUAGUCUGGAUGAAUGUUGCACGCCGCCUUACUCUGAAUCAUAUGAAAUGGAAGAAGAGUAUCCCUUUCAAGUGGAAGUCGAUACUCCAAUGUUGGAUUCUGUGUCAGCGUUGCAGAAGGAACAAAAUCCUCCUAAAAUCGAAACAACCAAAGCACUGGCGAGUAGAAUCGCUAGAACUCCUAGCCAGGAUUACAGGGAGUCGAAAGCUCGAACACGGGCGUUAUAUAGGCGAUCCCAACACCCUCAGUCCUCGUGGCAUCGGUUCUCAAAAAGUUCCUUCAAAGAAUGUUAUCGCAUUGCGGCAUCGGCUUCACUUAGGUCUUCAAGUAUUGCUAUGAGAGCAUCAGCAAGUUUCGAUUCUAGAGGUAGACCACACCAUCAAACACCACGACCUAGGCGCCUUUACCAGGACACGAGAGAGCCAAUUCAUAUUCCUGGCAGGAAAACGGGUUAUCCAGCUCGACAGCCACCCAUCUCCGAUAGAAUCAGUAAGCCAGCCAAUAAUAGAGCAAAUGAAUACGUAUAUCGCCGGGAGCACAUAAGAUCUCGUGAACCAGAAUUUGCUGCAAGAUUGGCGGAUUACGCCCAGAAACUACCGAGGGGAUAUUCAAACGGGACAUCUCACAAUGUACGACACUAUGAUGAAGGAUGGUCAUCUCGUCGACCCACGAGUUCUAGCGGAAGACAAAAUUUGCACCGAAGGCGAGAAUACUAUGGCGAAAGAUCUUGA